AUGGCCAGAUUCACUCAGACUGAAACAAGAAGGCAGCACCAUCCACAGCAGCCCCAGCCCGCUCACUCCAGCCUGGUUUUCACCGGACCGGGGGCACCACCGACCCAACAACCACUACUACUUAUCCCACAUCAGCACCAGUACCCUCAGAUCACAUUUCCGAAACCCAUGAACGGGUCAGAACCCAUUUCAAUUCAUCCGGAGAGCGGCAACAUGAAAGACCAAGAUGCCAUUAAGCUGUUUAUCGGGCAGAUACCGCGGAACUUGGAGGAAAAAGACCUGAAACCCCUGUUUGAACAGUUUGGGAAAAUCCACGAACUGACAGUUCUCAAGGACCGAUACACCGGCAUGCACAAAGGUUGUGCAUUCCUCACCUACUGCGCCCGAGAGUCGGCCAUCAAAGCCCAGAACGCCCUCCAUGAACAGAAAACACUGCCAGGGAUGACUCGCCCCAUCCAGGUGAAACCGGCUGACAGCGAGAGCCGUGGAGGUACAAACUGCUGUUCCCAGCCUUUUUCCUACAGGAAGCUGUUUGUCGGGAUGCUGAACAAACAACAGACCGAGGAGGACGUCUACCGCCUCUUCGAACCCUACGGAGUCAUCGAGGAGUGCACGGUCCUAAGAGGUCCUGACGGAAACAGCAAAGGUUGCGCCUUCGUCAAGUUCUCCACACAUACUGAGGCUCAGUCUGCAAUCAGUGCCCUCCACGGCAGCCAGACCAUGCCAGGCGCUUCCUCCAGCUUGGUGGUCAAGUUUGCCGACACAGACAAGGAGCGCACCAUCAGACGUAUGCAGCAGAUGGUUGGGCAGUUUGGCAUCUUCAACCCAGCCAUCGCCCUUCCCUUCAGCACCUACAGCUCUUACGCACAUGCGCUCAUGCAGCAGCAGGCAGCCAUCAUGGCAGCAAGCCACGGAGGUUACCUCACGCCUAGCGUGGCUUUCCCCGCCACACAGAUCCACCAGAUGGGGGCGCUCAACAUCAACAGCCUCCCACCCACCCCCAUGACCCCGGUGUCGGGUGAUUCUCCACCAGCCAACAUCACCACCUCCGCCGUGCCCAGCAUCGUCACGCCCAUCGUCAACGGAUUCACCGGCAUCCCUCAUCAGCCCAACGGACACCCUGCCGUGGAGACUGUGUACACCAAUGGCCUGCCGCCCUACUCCACCCAGAGCCCCACCGCUGCCGACACCCUCCAGCAAGCCUUCACUGGAGUACAGCAAUACACAGGUGAGACGAUCUAUCCAGCCACCACGCUGACUCCCAUUGGCCAGACACUGCCCCAACCACCCCAGGUCAUCCAGCAGCAGCAGCAGAGAGAAGGUCCGGAAGGUUGUAACCUGUUCAUCUACCACCUGCCACAGGAGUUUGGAGACAAUGAACUCAUGCAGAUGUUUUUGCCCUUCGGCACUGUCAUCUCUUCUAAGGUCUUCAUGGACCGGGCAACCAACCAGAGCAAGUGCUUCGGUUUUGUGAGCUUCGACAACCCUGCUAGUGCACAGGCAGCUAUUCAAGCCAUGAAUGGCUUUCAGAUUGGGAUGAAGAGGUUGAAAGUCCAGCUAAAGAGACCGAAGGAUGCCAGCCGCCCUUACUGA